AGAAGUGAGGUAUGCAAAGCGGUUCUGAUUGCAUUACAAUGUCUCGUAUGCAUGUGUGUUCCCCACAGUCGCACGACUCACUCGCCGGUCGAUGCCGUACCGGGAGAGGUACUUGCGCGACCUUUUGGUUUCUGUAGUCAUAACAAACGUCUGCUCUCUCUUUCAUAUAUAUUCUUGUUGUCUUGCUGUCGCCUGUACUGCUGUUCCGACUUUUUCAUUGACAGUUAUUUGAGAACGGUUCUGUGGUAGGCCGAAACCCGUCGGUCAUCGACAGCAAAACUGUGCCGUACCUACUUUAGCUUUUUGCUCUUUCCCUUCUCUUGUUGUUGUUGUCGUAGCGAUUAUACUAAUACAUUUCUUUUGUGUCGUAAAUGGGAGGUUGCUGCAGCGCUCAGGGCACGGCCAGCGGAGCUCCACCCGCCCCAGGAGCUUCACCGGCGCGUGACAAGGCCAAGGCGACCCUUCGCCCCGCCCAGGCGCACCCGCCGGCUAAAGCAGAUGGCAAGAAGGUUCCACCAGCAGCAUCGACGAGCAAGAAAGUCGUACCUGCUGGCCCACCGGUACAGGCCACGAAAACCUCUGAGCCGACCGCAAACAAGGCAGAGGAGAAGCAGCCCGCGGUGCCUGCGGAGGCAGCGCCAAAAGACCUGCUCCCUGCGGCUCCCCCGCUCCCUCCUCCAUCCCCAGUACCCGCCGCGAAUGCUGAGAAAGAAGGCGCACCAGUAGCGCCACCGUCGUCGAAAGCGGAGGCACACUUCGGUCUCCCGCCACCGCCGGCUACGCAGAAGGCGUCACCGAUUGCCAUUACGCCGGAGCGGGCGAAGCCGCCGCAGUUCACGCCGCGCAGCAACGGCGACGACACGGACGAUGGCACGCGUGGGCCGAGCACGGCGCGAGUGGAGGAGGUGCCUCCUUCACCCGCUCGUGAGUCUGUGGUUGCGACUGGCAAGGCCCUGCCUGCCGACGACGCGCGCGUGUUGCAGCGGGUGCCGCCACCGCCGCCUCCGCUGUCCGUGCUGUCCGCUCCUAGCGUGCAGGAAACACCAAGAGAAGAGCCGGAGCAGGAUGAAGGAAAUGCGAGGGACGCAGAGGACACGGAGGGGGCGGCGGCAGCGGAGGAGCCAAACCCACUCGCUGAUAUUCUGCGUCGCCAGCAGGAGGAGAAGCAGCGUUACCCCACGGCGCUGACGACGGACGCGAAGGACGAUGCCCCUCUUGAAAUUAGCAUGGAGGAAGGUAAAAAGGGCACCUCCGCUGCGGGUGGCUCCGCAGCAGCCACCGGAGCCGCCAAGUAUGCAGCCGACGACUCCGAGAACGGGGCGGCGGUCGUUGCGGCAGAGGAAGUGAGGAAGAAGCCGCUGGCAGAGCCAGGCACCGUGAUGGCGUUCCCCGCUCCGGCCGAUGACUCCGCGAAUGUGAACGCCGCGUCGAGGCACGGUCGCGUCUUUAAGAUUCUUCUCCAUGAGGAGUGGGAGGAGCUGCGCGAGACGGGCGAGUUCCACGGCAACGCCGUGGACCGGGUUGACGGCUGCAUUGGGUUCGCCACCGCCGACCAGGCGAGGGAAGCGGCAACGGCGCACCCGGGGGGUAGCGCCCCACUCGUUCUGGUUUGCUGCACCAUCGAGGCCCUCUCCAAGCCGGCCGGGCCUGCAGAUGGCAUCACCGCCGCCGCGGCGUCUAGCAACAGCGAAGGCGCAUCGCCACUUCGCUGGGAAGCCGCGCCGCUUCUCGGGCAGCGCCAACCCCAGCUCCACCGCGCGUUAUACCGCGACGCGGACGUCUUGUGGUUCACGGAGUGUGCGAACGGCAGUGCAGUGGCGGCUCGGCUGGCUCAGGAGAUGGUGGUCUCCGACGGCGGCUCGGAGGGCAACGACGACGAAGCGCCAGAGAAGGUGGCCUUCACAGGUGACAAGGACGACCUCGACAACAAGGCGAUCUCCUUCACGGAUACGAGCGAGAUUGAGCGCGAGUUGGCGGAAGAGGAUAACGCUGAGAACGCCAAGGAAGCCGCCGAUGUGCAAGAUAGCAACGGCUCUAUCGAUAUGCCCAGCAAGGCACGCGCAGCUGCUGGCGAGGGUUCGUAUGCGGAAGAUGCCCCCCGAAGCGCGAAACACGAAGAGGACAAGGAUAGCGACAAUACACCGCAGCCCGUCGUAAAGGCGAUGCUGCCCGAUAUCACGCUAGCCUCACCUUCUCGCGAGUCUGAUAGGGCGCGUGCUCCCACCCAGCACGCCGUUUCCAUGAUGCAGGCACCAGAGGCAGCGCCUGCGACUCCGCAAGACGGAUUCGAUGGCGGUGUCGACGGUCUCGAACCCCCGCGUCGGGUACCGCCUCCGCUGCCAUCGCCUCCGGCUGAGCCGCUCACUUCUGCGGCGGACAACAAAGCAGCGGUGAAGGACGGUGAGGCUACCCCGCCGCCGUCGCGACCGGCGCCACCAACAAUACUGUCGCCUCAGCCGGCGUAG